AUGGCACCCAGCGUCAACAAACCCACAGAUAUCAAGCAGAAGGAGGCCGACGUCAACCGCAAACUCCAGAUAUACGGCAUCAUUAGUGCUUUCAAAACGGGCAAAGUCCCUUCGAACGAUCAGAUUGAUGUGGCCCUGAACAGCUUUCUUGAGUCCAAGGCGCUCUCGGGCCCUUCUCAGAGGCUCUCACCAGAGGGGCAGGCACUCGUAGCCGACGCCAAGGAAGUGGUGAGGCAGGCCAAACAUCUGCUCUUGUCCAAAAAUGAUGGGAACCUGCUUCAGGAUUUCAUCUGGCAAACCCAGCAGUUCGACCCCAAGGCGGUGUCGACCCCCGGCGCCCCCUUAAGCAAAGAGCAGGCGCAGCAACACGGCAACCAGGCUCUCGAAGGCCUGCGAACUCUCGGCACCCUGAUCAUCACCAAUGGCCAGUUCCGGAAGCUUCUCAAGGAUGCCACGAUUCUCCUCCGCGACAUGGCCGGAGAUGCCGCCACGAACGCCGCCGCUCGCGUCAGGCCUAGCCAAGAAGACCUCGCCCAGCUCGACCACCCCGCUCAGGAUAAUACCUGGCACGAUGCGCCAGAUAUGUCAAAGGACGCGGUGAAGGGCAGACUGCAGAACUACUACAAGGGAAAUCCCAAGGAGGACGUGAGGGCUGCGACGGCUGAAGGUACAUCCAGCGCCCACCCAUCAGGUUCCACGGACCCCAGGGAUUUGGCAGCCACCGCGGCGCACGAUCGCCAGACCGGCGCCACCUCGGGGGCCGACGCAUUGGGAGGUGCAGUCACAACCAAGGACGCCCUGAAGCGCAACGUCAAUGAAAACGUUGACGAAGAGACCAAAGAGAGGGCCCGCGCAAGACGUGAGGAGUACCGAGAGCGUACGAGGAAAUACUUCUCCCGCAAGGUACCCCAGGAGCGCCGGGAUCAGACUGUCUGGCGUCUCAAGAAAAUGGUUCUUGAGUGCCAGCAGCACCCUGAUUAUUACCAGGCCGUCCAGACACUGCUGGACCUCGCCGAGGAGUACAGCGACCACGCUAACCGGCUAGCCCGGGGCGGUUCAGGCACCGUCAAGGACGCUCGCUCGAGUUUAGUCCAAGCCGAGACCGACCUCAAGACGCUGAUCGAGCGGUUUGCCAAUGGCACCUCCACGGAUGAUCUGUGGGCCUCGAUCAACACCAUCUACGAAGAUGCAGAUCGCGACCCUCAGCUACGGAACUGGUUCAAGGCCCUGAACCAGUAUGUCCGCCGCUGCCUGCAAGAGCAGGGAUACAUCCUCGAUGACGAGUCCAAUGUGCAGUGGAACCGCCUGUACGACGAGGGCAACUACCUGCUCCGUGACAAGUACCGUAGUCAUACCGACCGCAUCGUGGACGAGAUCAAGUUCCUGGCCGACCAGUUCGACCAGGACCCGCAGAACAAGGCUUUUGCCGCCUCGCUGACCAAACUGUUUACCGAUCUGGGCAACGACGACGACGGGAAGCCGACCUUCAAGCCCCACCUUAUCAAGGACCUCACCGAUGUGAUCCUGCCUGCUAUCUUCGAGAAUGUCGCCUACAUCCCGGUGCCGCGGAUCGAGUACUCGGAUCCCCAGUUUGACGCUGUCAUUGAGAACCUCGUCCUCGAGAGCGACAACUUCAUGCCCAACGUGCUGGAGAUUGCUAGUGAGAACUACAUGCGCUUCGGUCGCAAGAAGAUUGCUAGCAACAGCAAGCACUCAGUCGAUGUCAAGGUGGCGGGCAUCCAAAUGGAUCUUCGGGAUGUCAGCUACUACAUCAAGCGGAAGCAGGGCUUCCCUUCCAUCACGGAUAAGGGGGUGGCCAACUUCCUUCUAGCCGGAGACGGCUUCACUUUCCGCAUGAAGCUGUCGUCGCCAGACGAGAGGGACAAGCAGUCUUUCUUCAAGGUCGACAAAGUGGACGUCGUCGUCAACAACCUCAACAUCAAACUCGUAAAGUCGAGCCACAAGAUGCUCUUCGGCCUCUUCAAGCCGCUGAUGCUCAAGGUCCUGCGCCCCGGCGUGCAAAAAGCGCUGGAGAAGGCGAUCAAGGACCAGGCCGUGCAGCUCGACGCCAUGCUGUUCCAGGUCAAGCAAGAGGCCGACCGGGCGCUCGAGCAGGCGCGCGAAGACCCGGAGCGAACACCCAACAUCUACAACCGGUACGUGACGGCCGCUCAGAAGAAGGUGCUACAGGGCAAGCAGAAGGCCGAGGGUGUCGUGGCCGACAAGAAGGUCAACUACGCCAUCACCAAGGAGGACAGCAUCUUCCCCAACAUCCACCUGCCCGGCGGCAUCAGCUCCAAGGCCACCGAGUACCGCGACCUCGCCCGCAAGGGCGACAAGUGGGAGAGCCCCGUCUUCUCCAUCGGCUCCGCCGCCAAGAGCCGCGACCUCCCCGCCGCCCCCAAGGUCGUGCGCAAGCCGCACCGGGCCGCCACCGCUGCCCCCGGGAACUCCCACGCCGCAACAAACGGCAACGCGUACGCCGCCGCACCGUUGAACGGGGGUGCCCUCAACGGGAACCCCGUGAAUGGCGGUGGGGUUACCAACGGUGGUCCCCUGAAGACCACCGCCCCAAACGGCAACACCUUGGGGGUUAACAACCUCAAUGGGGGCUUCAAGGCCCACACGCCCGCCUUUGACCCGACUGCGCCGGCUGCGUAUUAG